AUGUCUUCCCAGACCUCGUCUUCCUCCAUGCAGAAGCGCCGCGACAUCAAGGCCGGGGUCGACCCCACCGACCUCCGGCGACGACGCGCCGAUACCGCGCUCAGCCUCCGCAAGCAGAAGAAGGAAUCUGGCCUGGAGGACGCGGCACAGAAGCCGGUUUCCGCGGCGGAUGUGCCCGACCUGACCAGGGCGCUGGCGGCGGGCGCAGGCGGCCCGGCCGCGAGGGUGGAGGCCGCGAGAGGCCUCCGGAAGGUGCUCUCUCUCGAGACCGACCCUCCCGUGGCGGAGGUUAUCCAGGCCGGCGCGAUGCCGCUGCUGGUGCUCUGCUUGGACGAGCACAGCAGCACGGACUUGCAGUUUGAGGCGGCCUGGGCUCUGACGAACAUCGCUUCCACCUGCAAGACGGACGCAGUCGUGCAGCACGGUGCGGUGCCCGCCCUCGUGCGCAACCUCCGGCACCACAACCAGGACCUCCGCGAGCAGUGCGCGUGGUGCCUCGGCAACAUCGCCGGAGACUGCGCCGAGCUCCGUGACGUGGUCCUGGGUACCCCGGACGCCCUCGAGGGGUUGCUGCUCAAUGUCGUGCAGCCGGCCACGCCGUCGUUGCUGAGGAACUGCGUGUGGGCUUUGAGCAACAUGUGCCGCGGGAAGCCGCAGCCCGACAUGUCCCUGCUCGCCCCGGCCUUGCCGGUGCUGCUGAAUCUGCUGUCGUCCGACGACUCGGAGGUGUUGGUAGACACCUGCUGGGCCUUGUCGUACCUCUCCGAUGGCACCACCGAGCGCAUUGAGACGGUCAUCUCGUCCGGUGUCGCGCGACCCUUGACGGCGCUGCUCCAGCACGGGGACAGCAACGUGGUGACCCCGGCCCUGAGAACGCUCGGCAACUUCGUCACGGGCAGCGACGUGCAGACGCAGGCGGUUCUGGACCUGGGCGUUCUUCCCCACCUCCAGUCCUUGCUACGCCACCCGAAGAAGAAUAUCCGCAAGGAGGCGUGCUGGACUCUGAGCAACAUCGUCGCGGGAACGUCGCCCCAGAUGGCGUCGGUGUGCGACAGCCCAGGGCUCCUCGGGGGAGUGAUCGAGCUUCUGUCCGGCGACGUAUGGGAGGUGCAGAAGGAGGCCAACUUUGUCAUCAGCAACGUCGCCACUGCAAGCGACGCGUCGCGAGUGAGACAACUCGUUAACCUGGAAGCGAUCCCGGCACUAUCUUCGAUGCUCGACCGUGCCGACGCGAAGGCGAUUCUGGUGGCGCUCGAUGCCAUAUCGGCGAUCUUUGCUCUGGACAGCGAGGACAACGGGCUCCCGUGGGUGCAGAUGUUCGACGAGUCCGGCGGGCUCGACCGUCUCGAGCAGCUGCAGGAGCACGAGAACAGAGCCGUCUACGACAAGGCGAUCGAGAUCAUCGAACGGUUCUACGGGUGCGAGGACGACGACGAGGAAGACGCCCACGUGGCGCCGACGGUCGUCGACGGAGCCUCGACAUUCUCUUUCGGAGCGGCAGACGCCGCGACGCCGGGCAAGACGGCGUCGUCCACUUGCGGCGCAGAGAUGAACAGCUCCCCUUGUGGGGGCGGUGCGGGCAUGCCAAUCUUUGGCUCCCCUGUGCGAGCCCUUAACUUCGCUUAGAGUUUUGUUUUGUUUGGUGUGGGUGUUGGACGUCGCGCGUGUCUUCUUCCUUUGUGGCUGCUGCUGGUGUAUCAUAGGUAGGCCUUCUGAAUGUGGUAGUCAACGGUCUCUAAUCAACACAGUUUUUUGGUUGGGGAGUUGCGGUGUACUAGCAGAGAGUACAACUCCAACUCCUGUAGACGAAAAACAUGUACCAUCAUCAUACAUUUUCCAUGGCAGGCGGAACGAGUAGUUAGCGUUAGUGUUUAGGGUAGGGAUAGGUAUAUUCAAGACGUACGUGUACGGCUUA